UAAACCGGAAGUCUUUUCUCUGUUGUUAGCAGUCUGGACGUGGAGGAAGGAGGCUAGCCUUUUAGCUCACUGUGUGUUUGAAGGUAUCCUGUGGUUAUUUCUUCUUCCAGUAGUUUCCACCAUGGCGUACCAGCUGUACAGGAACACAACUCUGGGAAACAGCUUACAGGAGAGUUUGGACGAGCUCAUACAGACCCAGCAGAUCACUCCUCAGCUGGCUCUUCAGGUCCUCCUUCAGUUCGAUAAAGCAAUCAAUAUGGCGCUCGCCAACAGAGUCCGCAACCGGGUCAACUUCAGGGGUUCUCUGAACACCUACAGGUUCUGUGACAACGUGUGGACGUUUGUUCUUAACGACGUAGAGUUCAGGGAGGUGACGGAUCUCGUGAAAGUUGACAAGGUCAAAAUUGUUGCCUGUGACGGAAAGAGCGAGUCAACCCAAAACAAAAAUGAUAAAUGAUGGACCUGAACUGUACAAAUAAUUUAUUACAGUAGAGGUGUGUGUGUGUGUGUGUGUGUUUCAGCCAGAGGACCAGUCACUGUACCUGCAGCAUCUUUUUUUUUAUUUUUUAUUUGCAGUGUGCAGGAGGUUUGCGUACUGUUUGCUGUUAUUUUUCAGCUGGAUCAUCUUUAAUAAAAAACUUUAUUUAAACUUUGUCUUCUGUCGGGCAUUGUUGUGGAAUAUUUCUGUAAUUGUGAGAAGAGAGUUUUGUACCCCAAUGAAUAAGAAUAAAGUCUCUGAAUCAAU